CUUCGAGGAGGUGGCCGUGUAUUUCACCAGGGAAGAGUGGGCUCUGCUGGACCCCGCUCAGAGAGCCCUGUACAGAGCCAUCAUGCAGGAGAACUACGAGAACGUGACCUCUCUGGGGUUUCCAGUUUCCAAAUCCGCUGUCACCUCCCAGCUGGAAGGAGAGAAAGAGCUACUGUUUGCAGAUCUCCAGAGCUCAGAGGAAAGAGAUACCCUGAGUGGCAGCUGCACAGGUACGGGGAUGGUGAGUGAGACGGUGAAGCAGAAUCCCCAGCAGGAAGAUGAUGUGGAACCACAUGGGGCAUUACUUCAAAGAUAUAAAAGGCCUGUGCCCAGAAGUUGUGAGAAGAGCACAGUCUGUAAGAGUCAGCACAAGCCAGCAAAGCUACAGGGAAACCAGCCAGUGCAGAAAACUGGUAAAUCAGGUAAUUAUAGGAGAACUCGCAAAGACCUCAAAGUGACAGCCCAGCAGAGAAUCCUCAAAGGAGAGAAAACUAACACAUGCUUUGAGUGUGGGAAAAAGUUUGGUACACGUGCACAUCUUAUUAGACAUGAGAGAAUCCACACAGGGGAGAACUUUGAUUGUGGGAAAGCCUUCACUGAGUGCUCAACCCUUAUUAUGCAUCAGAGGACCCACACUGGGGAGAAGCCCUAUAAAUGCUUUGAGUGCAGGAAAGCCUUCUCCCAGAGCUCAACCCAUAAACACCUGAGGAUCUACACAGGGGAGAAACCCUAUGAAUGUGGUGAGUGUGGGAGAACGUUUGCUCACGGCUCACACCUUAUUACAUAUAAGAGGAUCCACACAAGGGAGAGACCCUAUGAAUGCUGUGAGUGUGGGAGAACCUUCUGUCAGAGAGCAGCCUUUACUACCCAUAAAAGGGUCCACAUAGGGGAGAAACCCUAUAAAUGCUUUGAGUGUGGGAAAGCCUUCACCAAGCGCUCGUCUCACAUUAAACAUCAGAGGAUCCACACGAGAAACCCUAUGAAUGCUGAAAAUGUGGAAAAUGCAGCACUUAUUUAUCAUCAGAGAAGCGACAGGAGAGAUAAAGAUCAUAAAUAUCUUGUCUAGGGCCGAGAAAAUAAUAGUUUUUCUUUUGUUAAUUCCAAUACUGUGAGCUUUAAUGAAGCAUUUUUUUCACAAUAGUCUUUUAGCUCCCUUGGCUGAGUUGUCUGCUUUUCCCUUUUGCAGCUCACACUUCCUUGGGUGAAUCCCACAAGUCUUUUGGCCAGCUGUUUUUACCUAUGUCAUGGAAGUUGAGGGUCCUUCCAACAGAAAUAUCCAUUGAACCAGGAGUGACCUCAACUAGGUAAAUGGAGGAUAAAUCUGUCUAGGCCUUGAUUUUACGUGGAGUUAGCUAGCCCAAGUUAAAUAUUCAGAUGUAAAAACAAAGCUAUUUUUUCAUUUAAAAAUAGCCCAUGUAUAGUAGACAGAUAAAUUUAUUAAUUUUCCUCAAGGCCUGUCAAGACCUUCAUUAUUUUUACUACUCUAAGCAAAUUUGAGGGAACCCAUUUACACUUUUCCUCCCAGUGCAAAGGGACUUUUAGUCACGAGGUUCCCCCACUACGGAUAGAUUGUCUCAUUCCCAGUUGUUUUCAUAUGGCACUGGAGUGUGCUGAAAAGCUGUUCAUUUUUGUAUCAUUUUCCUUAUUUUAAAUAUGUGUAAAAAAUAUCAGAGAGAAGGAGCAGAAUUAGGGAUGGAGGAAAAUAGGUUUGGCUUUUUUCAGCCUCUGUAACACCUGAAGGAGUCCUGAGUUGGCAGGAUUCAUAAGAAAUAUAAGAAUAGCCAGACUGGGUCAGACCAAAGGCCUGUCUACCCAGUAUCCUGUCUUC